UGCUCAAACAAUCGUUACUUAUCAGUCGAGUGACUCUCUCUAUUUUAAAUCGAAAAACGAAGUAGUAAACCGAAUUAACGAUAAAGAUCCCUUAAAAUGGAGCGUGAACCGUGCCCCUUUCGCCUGCUGGAGGACUGCGGCGGUGCCUUCGUCAUGGGCGCCUUGGGCGGUGGGGCCUUCCAGGCCAUCAAGGGGUUUCGCAAUGCCCCCUCGGGCCUGAGUAAUCGGCUGGCGGGUGGUAUGGCCGCAGUACGCGCUCGUUCCGGCCUGGUGGGUGGCAACUUUGCUCUGUAUGGCGCCAUCUUUAGUAGCAUUGAUUGCGCUCUGGUCUACUGUCGCAAGCGGGAGGAUGCCUGGAACUCGGUCACCAGUGGAGCGGCCACUGGCGGGAUACUUGCGGCUAGACAAGGUCUCAAGGGUAUGAUGAGCAGCGCUUUGAUUUGUGGCGUUCUUAUGGGCCUAAUCGAGGGGACCAGCAUUCUUAUGGCCCACCAAUCGGCGGACCAACUCCGCCAGUUCACGUCUCCGGAUCGCACAAAUGAAAUUCCCCAGCAGAAGAAAAACUUUUCCAAUUUGUACACUAAUUUUACGGAGGCCAAUCCUUCGUCAAUUUAGAAUAUAUACAUACAUAUAUACGUAUACACUUCUGCGUCAUGAGUCGAUCCCUCAGAUCCUCGAUCAAUAGUUCGAUGAUUCUUGCAUACAAAUUUGUAUUUUAGAUUCUUUUGAUUGCUCGUUUCCAUUUCAAUUAAAAUUCAUUUGUCGUGCAUCGCAAGUCUUAGAAUCUU